AUGGCUCCCCCCGGCGGCCGCCUCCUCGCCGCGGCAUUGUGCCUGCUCCUCCUCGCCGCCGCAGACGCGGGCACCGUGGGCGUGAACUGGGGGCGGGUGGCGAACGACCUGCCCAGCCCGGCGGCGGUGGUGCAGCUGCUCAAGCAGCACGGCAUCGCGCAGGUCAAGCUCUACGACACGGAGCCCGCCGUGCUGCGCGCGCUCGCCGGCAGCGGCAUCAAGGUGGUCGUCGCGCUGCCCAACGAGCAGCUCGCGGCCGCCGCCAGGCGCCCCUCGUACGCGCUCGCCUGGGUGCGCCGCAACGUCGCCGCCUACUACCCGGCCACGCAGAUCCAGGGCAUCGCCGUCGGCAACGAGGUGUUCGCCACGGCCGCCAACGUCACGGCGCAGCUCGUACCGGCCAUGAUCAACGUGCACGCGGCCUUGGCCAGGCUCAACAUGGACAAGGCCGUCAAGGUGUCGUCCCCCGUCGCGCUCUCCGCGCUCGCCAACUCGUACCCGCCCUCCGCCGGCGUGUUCAAGGAAGAGCUCGCGCAGUCGGUGAUGAAGCCCAUGCUCGACUUCCUGGCGCGGACCGGCUCCGACCUCAUGGUCAACUGCUACCCGUUCUUCGCCUACGCGGACAAUGCCGGCGUCAUCUCGCUCGACUACGCGCUCUUCCGCCCCAACGCCGGCGAGCUCGACUCCGGGAGCGGCCUCAAGUACUACAGCCUCCUGGACGCGCAGCUGGACGCCGUGUUCGCGGCCGUGGGCAGGCUGGGCAGCUACAACGGCGUGCACGUGGUGGUGUCGGAGACGGGGUGGCCGUCCAAGGGCGACGCCAAGGAGGUCGGCGCCGGCGCGGCCAACGCCGCGGCGUACAACGGGAACCUGGUCCGGCGCGUGCUGUCCAGGAACGCCGGCACCCCGCGCCGCCCCGACGCGGACGUGGACGUGUACCUCUUCGCGCUCUUCAACGAGAACCAGAAGCCCGGGCCGACCUCGGAGCGGAACUACGGCGUGUUCUACCCGAACCAGCAGAAGGUGUACGACGUGGAGUUCGUCCUCGGCGCCGGCGGCGGCUCCGUGGGCGGCGCCGGCGGCCUUGGGUGGCAGGACAACGGCGGCGGCAAUGCGCCUCCCGUGAGCGGGGCGGGAGGGGGGGUGGUGAGGGCGGCGGCGACGCCGGGGUCGGCGUGGUGCGUGGCGAACGCGAUGGCGGGCGAGGCGCGGCUGCAGGCGGCGCUGGACUACGCGUGCGGGCCGGGCGACGCGGACUGCAAGGGCAUCCAGCCCGGCGCGGCGUGCUUCGAGCCCAACACCAUGGUCGCCCACGCGUCCUACGCCUUCAACGACUACUACCAGCGCAAGGGCCGCUCCAUCGGCACCUGCGACUUCGCCGGCGCCGCCUACGUCGUCAACCAAGCACCAAAUGGGCAAGUGCGAGCUCCCCUCCACGUCUCUGCCCCUUUUCUUUGGUCUUUGCCCGCUGCAGGCGUACGUAGAACAUUGGUGGUAGUGCUGUAG